CACACACACACACACACACACACACACACUGCCUGAAACCAGAGAUUUAAGAGCAUCAAGCAGCUUAAGAUGGAGAACAUGCAGAACCUGCAGGGACCCUACAAGUCAGCCAUGAGACUGAAAGACUGCCAGCUGGAGAAGGAGGCUCUGGAGAAGCAGGUGGAGGAGCUGAAGAUGCAGCUGCAGAUCUCUGAGAACCACAUCAGCUGUCUGGAGGAGAAGCUGCAGCAGACCGACCUGGAGGAACAGGGGGUCCGAGACCAGCCCCUGCAGAACCAAGAGGAGGACUCUACAGAGGAGACAAAGAGCAGGCGGCAGGAGGAGGACGUGCGGCUGCAAGGAGAGCUGGAGGAGACCAGGAGGGAGCUGGCUUACGAGAAGCACCUGAAAGAGAAGUACUUCCAGAAAGAGAAGGAGACCCGGGCCGAACUGGAGAGGCUGAGGGGGUUCACUGACCCGCAGGCCUCAAAGCUCGCCUCCAAGGUGAGAGCGAACAUCAGGAGGAAGCCAAAGAAGAUGCUUCAGAGGGAGUUCGAGGAGCUCAAGGUCUUUCACAUCUCCAUGGUGGAGAGUCUGAAAGCACAGUGUCAAGAUCUCCAACAGAAGCUGGACGUGUCCUACCCGAGGAUCAGAGACCAGCUGGAGGAGGAGCAGGAGAAGAGCAAGGAGGUGGAGGAGCAGCUGAAGACCAAGAGCGAGGAUCUGCUGAAACUCCAGGCUGAGCUGGAGAACAUGACGCUGAAGCAGAGUCAGACUGAAGCUCAGCUCCACCUGAAGGAGGAGGAGAUCAAGACGCUACAGAAACACAUAUCAGACAAGCUGAAGGAGCUCCGAGAGAAGAUGAGUCACCUGGAAGUGGAGCAGGAGCGGGUCACUCAGAGCAUCCAGACUCCAGACCAGGAGGAGGUCCUGCAGACCCUGGACGCCUCAGGGAUCCCCGACCUGGAGAGAAACAUCAAGAAGAUGAUGAAGAAGCAGCUUCAGAAAGAGUUUGAGAAGCUCAGAAUGUCUCUGGGGAAUUCAGCUGACACCAAAACUCAUCACCAGCUGCUGCUAGCUUCAAACGACUGCAUCCUGCGGCAUGACGACCUGCUGCUGUCCGGCUGUAAGAGGGACAGGGAGCUGCUGCAGCUCAGGCAGGACGUCCGGACCCUGAAGGGAGACGCUCUGAAGCAGAAAGAGGAGCUGAGGAAACUUAAAGAGAAGCUGAAGAGGCUGGAGCGGACCAACGAGGAGGGGAUCCAGGCCGCCAGAGGCUCAGGACUGAACACAUCCAGGGAGACGCCCUCCAUGCUGGACUGAACGUGGAGCUUCUGGAGGGACCAGGAUCUGCAAGAGGCGACAACCUUUAUCCAAAGACAUAUUCAAUAAACCACCACAGAGAUAUAA